CAGAUAAUGCACGUCCCAUAAUUUUGUUUUAGGGGUGUUUAUUCCUUAUUUUUUCUGGAGAAUAUACAAUGUUUUCUUUUAUGAAAAAGAUCACACAAUUUCCUACCACUUAAGAAUUUUUAAAUGUUUAGAUUGACGUAACAGAGUUAACUUAGUUAAAUAAAACCUGGUGGUAGACUAAUAAGUUAGAUCUUCUGCUGGAUAGCAGUCUGCAUAAAAAAAAAUGGGGUCCAAACUGAAACUAAGCUUAAAAAAAGCAAAAGUACAAGUGCGGAAAGAUUUGUUUGGAGCAAAUGAAAAUCGAGAAUCCCCAAAUCCAAAUGAAAGUGCUCUCAGUACUAUCUGGGGAGAGAGUGAGAGUUGUGCUUUUACACAACCGUCAACAAACUCUGUUCUUCUUUCACCUGCCCUCAAAAGGAGUCCAAAUCGCUUUAGUUUGACUCCAAGUCCAAAAAGAAAGAAGCCCAGUCCCAGAACUCCGACGCCUAAAAAGAAAGUUCAUAAUCCCGAUCCUAAAAAUAGUAUUAAAAAUUUCUUCCCUGUCAAAGAGCGCAAUGUCAUUGAAGAUGGAGUAAAACAUUUGAGUCAGGUGAGUAGUAAUAGUUGUGCUAGUCAACCGUCUACAAGUUAUGGCAGUACUUCUUUGCCAUUCCAUAAUCAACCCUCUACCAGUUCUGACAUUGCUUCACUACACCACAGUCAACUCCCUAAAACUUCUACCGAUCAUUCUUCGCCUCCCAACUCUGUAGGAAAUAAUAUUGUAUUGUCGAACAACAUACCUUCUCCCAAUCCUGAAUCGACAACAAUAAUCAUGUCAGCUUCAGUAGUAACACCCCAGAAAAAUAAGAACACCCCAGCUAAAAGCAACACGUCGACUCCACAAUCGGCAAAGAAAACUCCAAAUUCUAAAAGAAAAGAUUUCUACAAUGCAUUUAUUUUGCAAGUACUGAUUGAAGCAGUGAUGCACGACUCUGUUUCUGAAGAAGAAGAAAAAUUACUCAGCGAGGCAGACUAUGAUAUCAUUAACAAAUUCCAGUCACUUGACCAGCCGUCUCAAAGAAUAUAUGCUCGAUUGUUGAAUCGAAAAAUAGAAUGGAUCAAAACAUCGUCAAUUGGGUCUAAGUAUGGAGAAUUUGCAGAUGUUCAGUUAGCACUCGUGCUUCUCGAACAGAAAGGAUUCAUAACUUCAGACUACAGCAAUGAAAGCAUUGAAUAUUUAUUAAAUCUGCUGCAAAUACCAGACUUGAAAGCACUGUGCAAAGAAUACAAACUACCACAAGGUGGUGUUAAAGAAGACUUAAUAUCAAGGCUGUUGGUGAUAACUACACAGAAAGGCUCUAUAAAAAGCUUCUUUAAGCCAAUUCAGGCUUCUAACGACACUUCAGUAGGAGAUAAUUUUAGGAACAGACUUUACGGAAGAUUGGGGUCGUUAAUUAAAGUUGCCAGUGGCCCCUUGGAGACUAUCUCCCGUUGCUUGUUGUUGUUCUCUUACCCCCACUACCAUGGAGCCGAGAAGGACAGAUUCUCCGAUCAACUGAGACUUGUGGGUCAACUGAAAGGACUCAAGUUUCCAGAAUAUGAAGUCGACCGAACUAGAAUAUUUCACUCACGAGCGGACUUUCAAAUGUACUCUGAUGCCAUCAAAAUGAGUUCAGAAGUUGAAGAAGCUAAAGAAGUCAAAGAUUAUGAUACUGUGGUAAAGAAAUGUGGGGAAAUUUGUAAAAUGCUUGAAUCUUACCUUUGUGAUGAACAAAUAAGAUUUCAGGUGGAGGUCACUCCUGAUUGGCUGCGGAGGUUCACUGCAGGUGCGUGUUGGGUGCGGGGACUCAGUUCGGGUGUGGAAGUGCUGAGGAAGUCCCCUGAGACUCAUCAGCAAGCCGAGCAGUCACUGGAGUUGCUGCUGAACCAACGUCUGUUUGCCAGACACAAGCGGGGUCAGUGGUAUGAACAGCUGGCUCUGCUGUAUCAGCACAACUUGAAGGAUAACAUCAAAGCCAGUCACACAGUGCUGCGUGGUUUGAGAGAUGAGUAUAUAGACGAGGUGGCUCGCCGCGUUCUCUGUGCCAGGGCAUCAAUGCUGGAAAGACGCAAGACCAACGGCAUAGUUGAUCAGCUCAAGGAUGCCCUGGCCUCCCUGAGGACUCAGGUGGAGACUAUAGAUGACCCGCCAACUGUGACUAUCAGUGAACAAGCACUCAACGGCAACAGGACCGGAAGGAAGCUUGUCUAUGUCCGAGAUGUUGCGGAAGGUACUAUGCUGAGUUCUGUGGAAGAGGUUGCCAUUGAGCAUUUCAAACAGCAAGGAUACAUACAUGGGAUCCAUGACGAAGGCUCUAUUAUCAAGUCGCUCGUGUUUGCCUGUUUCUGGGACGAGAUCUACGGUGAACCGUGGGUGGACGGUCACGGAGUGUUCCACUCAGGGUAUCAAACUGCUCCUCUUGAUUGGAACAGCGAGUCUUUUUAUGAAAGGAGGAAGGAACUUUUUAAGAGCAAAUUGCAAGACCUGGCUGAGGGAGAUAUGCAAGCUGUACUAGCAACGUUUCUAGAGUGUCAUGAAAAGAAUAAAGGACUAGAAAGUGUUGUAAAUUGGAAGUACCUGGAACGCAUUGAUUACAUAGAGAGCUUCAUCAAUUCUCUCCACAUAGACCUGUUCCUGAACCUUUGCAGACUGUUGCUACGUCACCAUAAGACAUACAAGGCCGGCUUUCCUGACCUCACAAUGUGGAAUCCUCAGGAGAAAAAGUGCAUGUUCGUGGAGGUGAAGAGUCCCAACGAUCAGCUGUCCAUGAAGCAGAGAGUGUGGCUGAAUAUGCUGAACAAGAUGGGAGCUACAGCCAUACUGUGCAAUGUUCAGUCUGUUGGUUGUAGGAAUCUGAAGAGAAAUACCACCUCAGCAGACGCUGACCAAGAUUAGCUUAAGCACAAACACUCCUAAGAAGCUUGCAAGUUAAGGCUGUGAUGAUAGUCAAAGUGCCUUAAACUAUAAGAUAGGCACAUACUUUAUUAAGCUCUGCCAAAACAUAGUUGCCUUUUACCUCCAUAAACGUAGUACCUUACACAAGGGAACUAAAAGUAAAUUUUAAGUCUUUUAAAAAUUAACAUCAACUAAGUCCAUAGUUUUUGUUGUUGUUGCAGUAGACAUACCUAAUAUAGUCACAGUCGUGAUAGUACAAAAAUUUGUUGUGAUAGUACAAGGAUUAAUUACAUAAAACAUUUUGUAACUACACAUUAUGUUAUUAUGUAAGUAAGUGAAAUUCGUGUGCACUAUUAAACAACAAAGGAAUGCCAGCAACAGCAUUUUGCCUACCUAACAGAUGUUAACAGGUUAUUACUAAUUAGUUUUACUUAGUUAUGGACAAUGUAACAUUAGUAUGUGAAUUUCAUCUGCCCAAGCCAAACGGGUAAUUUGUAUAAUAUGUAUUGUUUAAGCAGAAUCAGUUAAUGAUUUAAACAAAUGAUUUGCUCAUUUGUUUCAGUAUCUAGUGUGCUAUAGGUGAAAAACAAAUGUACAAGUGCCAUGCAAUGCCGAAAUAGUAUUUUAAGUUAAUUAUUUAUAAAUGGAAUAACCUUUAGAAAAGUAAAAGUUUAAAUGUGACUAAAACUGUUCAUGUUAUUUUGAGAUUACAUUUUAUACAGUAAGCUUAAAUUUACAGAUUUUAUUACUUUAAAAUAUACCAAAACAAAACCUUUUAUAUUAAUUAUGUUUUUCAACACAUUUUUGAAAGGUGUUCAUACAGUUUCUUAAGCCUGGCUAGUUACCUUCUCAGGAUGCUGAAUUUUUAUUUCAGGAUUAGUGUUGCCUACAGUAUUAUUUUGAGACUUCUGAUUGGCUGAGGGAACAUCAUUACCGCGACGAUACGGUUGAUGCCAACGGCUUCAGUGGUGUAGUGGAUAGAGUGCUAGGCUGAUGAUCCGAAGGACCCGGGUUCGAAUCCCAUCCGUAGAACUAUUUUUUUGUAUUGGAUUUUUUCAUUAUCAACAAGUUUGGU